AUGACUGUGCAAUGUCUCCGUACAAAUGAAGCUGACAUGGCUGUAUGUGGUGGUGUUAAUGGAUUCUUACACCAGAAAGUUUUCUACAACAUUCAUUUAUUGGUGCACAAUCACCUGGUGGAAGAAGUCGAUCAUUUAGUGUUGAUGCUAACAGAUUUACUUAAAAGUAAUUUAGGACAUACAGAAGGUGCAGCUGAUGUUGUAUCACUUAUUAAAGUUGCUAUGUGUAUGUAUCAUCGUGGUAUUACAGCAAAUAUGCAAUUUACUUCACUUAAUCCAAAAAUAGAUUCACAAAAAUAUAAUCUACAUAUUCUUCAAAAUUUUAUACUAUUUCCAUCCGUUUCAAAUAAUGAAAAAAUAGCUAUUGGUGUUAAUUCAUUCGAAACGAGUGUCACAACGACACAUUCUAUUAUUGAAGAAUAUCAACCAAUAAAUAAAACAUCAAUUCAAAAUGGUCAUAUCGAUGAUGGAAAUCAUAUUAAAAGCAAACAAUAUUUUAUUUUUAUUUUUUCAAAUCAUAAUGAUGAUCAAGCUUUUCUUCAACGUAUAUCUCAACAACUUCUUCUCAAAAGAACUAUUAGUUAUCAACAUUCAGCAAUCUUUGUUUUUCUCAGUCAUCAACAAUUACAAGAACAAAUCGAUGCUUUUCUUACUGAACAGAUAUCACCAGGCCUUUCAAUCAUAUCACGUCCAACAAAAUCAUUAGCACAGAAAAUAUGUUUUGUUUUUAGUGGUCAAGGUCCACAAUGGUGGGCUAUGGGUAGACAAUUAUAUGAAAGUGAACCUUUAUUUAGUAAAUGGAUUAAUUUAAUUGAUGGAGAAAUGACAAAAAUUAACAAUGGUGAAUGGAGAUUAUUAGAAGAAUUAAUUGAAAAGAAAAAUGAACAAGAGUCUCGUAUUAAUGAUACAAAUAUUGCUCAACCAACAUUAUUUGCUAU